AUGCGACGGUUCCGAAUCCGGAUUCUGAGACCACGCGUCAGGAGGCAUUCAUUAUAUAGAAUUAACCAGAAGGUUAAUUUUAUAGUUGCAGUUGUAAUCUUCUCUAGUCAUCUUGGAGACUGUCCAUGCCACUGGGUUCAGACGGCUGCAACAACGUUUUGUGGACUGAGGGCUCUCGCAACCUACUUCCAAGUUAAAAUUUUCCUGUUUUUGUUUUGCCCGCUAAUACCGGGGACAGAAGACAUUUUAAAGACCUGCGGCAAUGGUUACACAGGUGUCGGAGCUUCUAGGGCGAUUAAGCAGCCAUAUUUAGAACUCACACUGGUUAUCUUAAACAAGGAGGGGCCUAGAAAAGGCAAUGAUCCGCGGAAUCAUGGUGUUGGUUCUGCUGUCCGUACAAACUCACUCAAAAAAAUAACUGAGGUUCCAGUCGGGGUCAGCGAAAAACUCAUGUACAUUUCACUUGCAAAAAAUCGUCACAUGAUCAUCCUAAGUGCUUAUGCCCAACUCUUGACGCAAAAAAAUUUGUAA